GUGUGCGGGGCGGAGGGGUGGCAGGUGCAGGACGCCGGGCGGCGCGCGGCGCUGGAGGCGCGCCUCGCGGACCCCGCCCCCGCCCCCGGCCGGGGCCCCGGCGCGGCCCCUGGCUCCACCCCCGCGCGCUGGCUGUCGGCGCCGCUCACCAAGCUCAAGCCCUACACGCACCAGACGUCUUCGGGCGCGAGCAGCGACAUCGUGUACUUCACGACGCUGCCCGCGCAGCCGUCCAUGCCUCGGGUCUUCGCCGCCGAGGCGCUGCCGAGCCCGGCCGACGGCGACGGCGACUCCGCAGGAUCUACCCACGCCCCCACGCCCGCCACCUCCCCGCACCCCGCCCCAGAUCGCGAGGCCAAGGAAGGCGGCGAGGACGCGGGUGAGCAGGGGCAGGAGCCGCUGCCGGAGGGCGAGGAGGCGGUGGUCCUGAGCUGGCUGCCGCCCUCCGAGCCCAACGGCCGCCUCACCUACUACGUGGUGCGCGGCGCGCAGCUGCCCGACCCGCCCGACCCGCUGCGCGACUACUGCGCCGACCUGUGCGACGGCUGCGCCCCCGAGCCCGGCGCCGCGCCGCCGCUGCCGCCCGUGCCGCCGCACCCGCCGCCCGCGCCCGCCAAGGCGCCCGCG